AUGACUAAAUCUGAGCAGCAAGCUGAUUCAAGACAUGACGUUAUCGACCUGGUUGGUAACACCCCAUUGAUAGCGCUAAAAAAAUUGCCAAAGGCCUUAGGUAUUAGACCGCAAAUCUAUGCUAAACUGGAAUUAUACAACCCAGGUGGUUCCAUCAAGGACAGAAUUGCGAAAUCCAUGGUAGAGGAGGCUGAAGCUUCUGGUAGAAUUCAUCCCUCCAGGUCUACUCUGAUCGAACCUACUUCUGGUAACACAGGUAUUGGUCUAGCCUUGAUCGGUGCUAUCAAAGGCUACAGGACUAUCAUAACUUUGCCCGAGAAGAUGUCUAACGAAAAAGUUUCGGUUUUGAAGGCUUUGGGUGCUGAAAUUAUCAGAACUCCAACCGCUGCUGCUUGGGAUUCUCCAGAAUCUCAUAUCGGUGUUGCCAAGAAACUGGAGAAGGAAAUACCUGGCGCUGUUAUCUUAGACCAAUAUAACAACAUGAUGAACCCAGAAGCUCAUUAUUUCGGUACUGGCCGUGAAAUUCAGAGACAACUAGAAGACUUGCAUCUGUUCGACAAACUCCGCGCUGUUGUUGCCGGUGCCGGUACUGGUGGUACCAUCACUGGUAUCUCAAAAUACUUGAAAGAACAAAAUGACAAGAUUCAAAUUGUCGGUGCUGAUCCAUUCGGUUCGAUUUUAGCUCAACCUGAAAAUUUGAACAAGACUGAGGUCACUGAUUAUAAAGUCGAAGGUAUUGGUUAUGAUUUCGUUCCUCAAGUCUUAGAUAGAAAAUUGAUUGAUGUCUGGUAUAAGACCGACGACAAACCUUCUUUCAAAUACGCCAGGCAAUUGAUUUCCAACGAAGGUGUCUUGGUAGGUGGCUCUUCUGGUUCUGCGUUUACUGCGGUUGUCAAAUACUGUGAAGAUCAUCCUGAGCUGACUGAAGACGAUGUUAUAGUCGCAAUUUUCCCAGAUUCCGUUAGGUCAUAUCUAACCAAGUUUGUAGAUGACGAAUGGUUGAAAAAGAACGAUUUGUGGGAUGAUGAGGUCUUAACCCGCUUCGACACUUCAAAACCGGAGGCUUCAACUACCAAGUACGCUGAUGUCUUUGGCGAUGCUACUGUAAAGGAUCUACAUUUGAAACCUGUAGUUUCUGUCAAAGAAAACGCUAAGGUCACUGAUGUCAUCAAGAUCUUGAAAGAUAAUGGCUUUGACCAAUUGCCAGUAUUGACUGAAGAUGGCAAAUUAUCUGGGUUAGUCACUCUAUCCGAGCUGCUAAAGAAACUAUCUAUCAAUAAUUCUGACGGUGACAACACCAUAGUGGGUAAGUACUUGGAUUUCAAGAACUUGAACAAUUUCAACGACGUUUCCUCCUACAACGAGAACAAAUCCGGUAAAAAGAAGUUCAUCAAGUUUGACGAAAACUCUAAGUUAUCAGACUUGAAUCGUUUCUUUGAAAAGAAUUCAUCCGCAGUCAUUACUGAUGGUUUGAAGCCAGUCCAUAUCGUUACCAAGAUGGAUUUGCUGAGCUACUUAGCAUAA